AACGCUCUUCCGAUGCCGCACGUCCAACUUCUCCGCCAGGUCACCCCAUCGCCGUCGGUCGUAUAGCGCCACCACCUGCUAAUGUCCGCAUCUGGCAACCUGUAUCCCUCUCCUGUCUCCGAGUUGCGACUGUGCGGGUCCCCAUGACAGGGUCGGAUUCCCGUACUCCCAAGCCACGAGGUUGCUUCCAAUGCUCCAAGCGCCGGAUUAUCUGCGACAGAGGCGAACCGACAUGUCUCAAGUGUGCGAAGAAGGGGAUUGAGUGCUCCGGGCUGGGACGGUUCCGUUUCACUGCCGGUGUGGCCAUGCGGGGGAAGUUGAAGGGGUGUACUAUUCCUGUGCCCAAUGCCGACCCGGAGGCCGUAAAUAAACCCGCCUCGAUACAUACUGGUGCUUCUGUGCGAUGGCGUGAUGGGGGAAAUAGAGUAGCCAAGAAGCACAAGCUGCGAACGAGCGGGAGUGCUGCGGUGAAUCUCGGUCGCGAAGGGGUCGCGGCUGUUUGGGAGGAUCCAGAAUGGGAUAGACGUAUGCAAAUGGUGUGCCAGGCAGGCGGGCAGGAGAAGGUAGUGGGCCGUACCGGAGAUGCCAUGCAAACUUCGAUAAUGGGGAGCGAGGAGUUCCACUCGAGAUCCGGCGUGAACCUUCAUUGUGCUGCUCCUUCAGAACAGCUCGUUCAAAAUGACCUGCCAGAGGGCACGCUGAGCCCGUCUCUCCAGCCAUGGAUCGCACCAAUGGAUGCCAAAACCCGGCAGCUAUUCGAUUACUUCGCCCAAGUCGUUGCUCCGGUCAUGGUAGUGCUCGACAUAUCGAACGGAUACCGCGAUAUCUUGCUUCCCAUGGCCUUUGAGAACGAGCUUCUGCAGGAAGCGAUCGUGGUGGUGGCCACACAACAUCUUGUCCCGAGACAGCCUGUCCUGCAAGAAGCAGCGGAAUCACGACGGUCGGCAGUCAUUUCUCGCUUACGGCAUGCGUCUCAGAUCGAUUCACCCGAUAUCGUCUUCAAUCUCUCGACCUGGGCGACUUUGAUCGUGCUUCUCGUGGGGGAAACCGUCACGGGAAGUCCCGAGUACAUCCACCUACUCCGAACCCUCCUCACCCUGUCCAGGAGCAUCACCACCCCUGGAACCUCCCCACUACAAGAAUUCCUCGCGAAGCAAACAGAAAUGUUCGCCUUCCUCGGCCAGCCCCUCCUCAACGAGACCCAAGGCCUCGAAUGCCUCCGAAACCCCAUCGACCCCGGCGUGUGGAUGCCCUCCGGCGUCAAGGCACACCACACUGAAACCCUGUCUCUCGUCAAGCAGGUCAUUUGCAAGGGGGUGCAAAUCUACCUGCAGCGAGCAAUCACAAACCAAAACUCGUGGCACACCCUGGAAGACCUCCGCCAGCUCCUUUGUCACAUCGACCCUGCAGAACCCGGCGCGCAUGGCUUUGUCUGGCCCUGCUUUAUGGCGGCCGCGGAUAGUACCGAUCCUGCCCAUCGGGAUUUUUUCGCUCGCUACAUGGAGCGCAUCUAUUCGAAGACAUUGUUUCACAAUAUCCCCCGCGCCCUUGCCGUUUUACCCACCAUCUGGCAGCUGCAAGGGCCAGGGAAGUGGACGGAGAUUUUGCCAAGGAUUUCGCCCGUCUUGAUUAUGUGAGGAAUCGUCCGGGGUGGUGCGUCGGUUGAUGCGGGUCACAUUCCUGUGGUUUGGGCUCAUUUUUUUGUUGGGUCGGGGGAAGGGCAUGUUUGGGAUUCGACUGGAGAUUCAAAUUGAAUCGCUGCGGGAAAAGGGAGCACUACCCGCUAUUCGCUCCUGGGUCGGAAAACCUUUGUUCCACCGCUGCUGCUCCUUUCUGUAAAGGCGGCAUGUUCCAGAAGCUAUAGGCUUGCUUGGGACGAAGAGUAGAUACAGUGAGUGUCUUGGAUCAGGUAU